AUGCCGUCGCAGCAUAAAAAGAAAUACAUUCACGAAGGGUGGAUACAUAAAUGGACUAACUUUAUUGGCAGCUGGAGGCCCAGAUAUUUUAUGCUGGAACCGGAUUAUUUAAUGUAUUCGGUAGAAAAGGGUGGUAUCAUCAAGGAGUCGUUUUUACUAUCAAACUGUGAGAUUCGUCUGUGCCCAGAUGACCCAGUUCGAUUUGAUAUAGAAGUUAUUGGUACCGGUCUCUUAUGCCUUCGCACCGACACUAGUGCUGAGAAACAUAAAUGGUAUGCGUCGCUUAAGAAGGCAAAGAGCCUUUCGCAUCCAUCGUACCAAAAGCUCGUUUCUACAUCUAAUAUAUACUCAUUAAAGAGGCUCAUUGGAAGGUCACAAGCACCUGUUCCAAAAGAAGCUACCUCUGAACCACUCUCUCGUUCGGCAUCGAUUGGUGAUAAGAAACCAGAAUCGAAACAAAGUGAAACUGGACCUUUGAAAAUUGAGAGCGUUAAACAACGCCUUCUCUCAGAAAGUUCCAUCGUUGAAGGUAACUUUGAAGCCAAAGAUACUGACGAAUCUAUUGAUUUUUCGGAUUUAUUUAUAAAGACUAGCGUAGGACGCGAACCUAAAACACCUUUAUCUUGUAUUGUGGAUAAUACCACAUCAUUUGAUGAUAUUUCUAGUAAGGUUCUCGGUGAAUUGGAACUUAUCUCAUCCCGUGAAUCUGUUAAACACAUCAACACUUUCCGUGUUUUGAUCAAAGAAUAUUGUUCAUCAAUCAAACAGCUAUAUUUGGAGGAAAUGAGGAGUAGGGAUGAUCUUGAGCAGUCUAUGCUUCUAAUGUCUGAGCAGCAGACAGUAUCGGAUGAAAAAGAUGGCUCUGAUCCAGCAUUAGAACUUAGCAGUAGUAUUGAAAAUAAUUUUUCGUUAAAGGCUGAUGAAGCUGCUUCUGUACGUUCGGAUUCAUUUAAUCAGGCAUCUUCUACCGACGAGUUUUAUGAAUGCGAAGAUGUUCGCCCAUCUACAAAACGUUCGGAUACUACGUCUUCAUCGGAUUCAGUUUCUAGCCUACCAAAGGUUGAGGAGAAGCCUGUUGAAAAACCAAAGGAGGAACCAAAACCCCCAGUGACAGUUGUUCCAAUAAAGCGUCGUACAAAACUUCCACACCCUAGGACUGAGUUAAAGGUUAGUAUAUGGUCUAUUUUGAAGGAUCUUAUCGGUAAGGAUCUUUCUAGAAUUAGUAUGCCAAUUAUUCUAAAUGAACCAACAUCGAGUUUGCAACGUUCUUCGGAGGACUUCGAGUAUGUUUCUCUUCUGACUGAGGCAUAUGGGAAGGAUACACCGGUAGAAAGAUUGGCAUAUGUAACAAUUUUUAGUAUCACCCCUUACGCUUCUGCCGUGGGCCGUACAUACAAGCCUUUUAAUCCUUUACUUGGAGAAACUUUUGAGUUAUCACAUCGUGGAUUUAAGUUUAUUGCGGAGCAAGUUGCACAUCACCCACCAAUUUGUGCAUUUCAUUGUUCUAGUGAUGAAUUUGAGGCCUAUGGAACGACGAACGUAGUCAUUAAUUUUACUGGAAAAGCUAUUGAAGCUAAUAUCCUUGGCCCAUUCCUUGUUAAUUUGAAGUUAGAUAGUGGGCUUGAGAAAUACAAAUUACAGCGUUGUUAUCUGAUUAUACACAAUAUAAUUUUUGGAAAGAUGUGGAUAGAGAUCGUUGGAACUUCAAUUAUCAAAAAUGUCACAGAUGGAGCCUUUUCAGUUGUUCAAUAUUUGAAAAAGGGCUGGUUUGAUAAAGAAAUUCACAAGAUUCGGGGCUUGGUUUUCGACAAGUAUGGUUGCCCACACUUUUAUUUGUCUGGAAUAUGUAGCAAGUAUAUUUUUAUGGAAAAGGUUUAUCCCCAGGCUUCAAAGACGAGCAGGAAGAUAUUACACGAGGAUGGCACUCUUAACUUCAAUAAAUCGCUUUACAAGAAUGAGGAAGAUGCAUGGGAUGCCUUUGUUAAUGAAAUUGAUUGGAACAACAUAAAUGUAGUCCCUAAUUCUAAGCGCCAAGUUUGGAAGCCAAAUGUACGUCCACCAGGUAAUGAACAGUAUUAUGGAUUUGGAUACAUAACCAUGGAGCUCAAUGAGCUUUCGGAUGACUAUAACCCAGACAAGGGUGCAGUAAUGCCAAUUACUGAUUCUAGGUUUAGACCAGAUCAGAGAGCUUAUGAGAAUGGAAACAUUGAUUUUGCAUCCGCUGAGAAGCGCAGGCUGGAAGAAAAACAGAGGGCUGUAGCAAAGAGCAGAACAAAUAGCGAUAUAUCGUAUAAGCCAAUGUGGUUUGAUAAAGUCAUUGAUAAGACCACAAAUCAAGCCAAUUGGAUAUUCAAUAAUAAAUAUUGGGAGAAGAAACUUGAUGGAACAAUCAACGACGGCGUACCUGACAUUUUUGGUUCAUGUUAG